CUCAUAAGUCCAGACGCACCUGAAGAUCCUCAGCUCAACGAGCGCCGCCUCAAUCAACUAGAGUAGUUUAAAUAGACCACAGUGCUUGAAGUAGCCUAGUUCAUUCUCAUUAUAUGGCUUCCGUUCGGCUAUGGAUCGGCUUUAACUGAUGGACUUCACAUUACACAAAUAGAACAGACGGUGUGAGUUCCCGUGGUAACCGUAGUCAUGACUUGGGGCGCGCUGUACGCCCAGUUGGGCGGAGUCAACAAGCACUCCACCAGCCUGGGGAAGAUCUGGCUGUCGGUGCUCUUCAUCUUCCGCAUCACCAUCCUCGUCCUGGCGGCCGAGAGCGUGUGGGGCGACGAGCAGUCGGACUUCACGUGCAACACGCAGCAGCCGGGCUGCAAGAACGUCUGCUACGACCACUUCUUCCCCGUGUCCCACAUCCGCCUGUGGUGCCUGCAGCUGAUCUUCGUGUCCACGCCGGCGCUGCUUGUGGCCAUGCACGUGGCCUACCGUAACCGGGGCGACAAGCGCACCAUGCUGCGGUCCAACGGCGGGGAGAAGACCACGGACCUGGAGCUCGAGGGGCUGAAGCGCCGGAGGCUGCCCAUCACGGGGUCCCUGUGGUGGACCUACACCUGCAGCCUGUUCUUCCGGCUGAUCUUCGAGGGCGGGUUCAUGUACGCCCUGUACUUCCUGUACGGCGGCUUCCAGAUGCCGCGGCUGGUCAAGUGCGAGCAGUGGCCGUGCCCCAACAAGGUGGACUGCUUCAUCUCGCGGCCCACGGAGAAGACGGUGUUCACCAUCUUCAUGGUGUCGUCGUCCACCCUCUGCAUGGUGCUGAACGUGGCGGAGCUGGCCUACCUGGUGGCCAAGGCGCUGUUGCGCUGCUCCAACCGUGCGGCCCGCAGGAAGAUGCCCUACGUCCACCACGACGGCGGGGCGGCGAGAGACCUGGCCCUGAUGGAGAACAAGAAGAACGACCUCAUGAUGUCGCCCUGCAUGGACUCGGGCAACAAGACCGCCUGAUGGAGGGGUGGGGCUAGGCAUGGGGGGGGGGGACAUGACAGUCUCAAGAGUGUUGGACUCCAUAAAGAAACGAGACAUGAAGUAUUGAGGCGUGGAGAAGCAAGAUGGAAGUUGUGAGCAAACAGUGGUCGCCUUUGACUCAUCCACUGGUAUUCUGUAGAGAAUUAGCCAAGCAAAGUAGACUAUAGUGUUGUACUUUUUAUAUCACUUUUGUAGAUUUUUACACCCAAGACUGAUCGUGUUCAUGAUUUAUUUUGUAUUGUUUUAAGUAAUUGUGGAAGAUUGUCGCUUGUAAGAUUUGAGGGGCGCUUUUUUUUAGCAUGAACAAGAACUGAUCCACAGCGACACCUUGUGGUGUACGGGCGCCCAUGCAAUGCCACGUCUAUACACGCUGUUGUGUGGUUUAAGGAAAUAGAGGAUUAAUUAAGCGUUGGGGGGGGGGGCGGCGAAUAGAGAAUCAAGGGCCUCGGUUAACUAUUCUAUUGGUUUAUUUUUAUGUAUGGCACAAAAUGUUUUAAUGUUGUGUAUUUUUAAGCGAGACAGUUUCAAGGUUUACCAAAAGUGUAUUUUUAAUCCUGCAGAUUUAUCCCUGUAAUUUUUUUCUCGUAGGCUCCCGAGAGUCACUCCGUGCCCAUGGUUUACGAGGGAAGGUUUAAACGAGACGCUGCCAUUGUGCUGCAGGAAAUUCAUGUAGUAACAUUGACCACGUGACCGACCGAGGGUCUCUUGUAGGGGGAGUCUGUAUCACUUUUCAGAUUGAUCUUUAUUUAGCCUGCUCGACUGAACCUGGAGGGGGGACUUCCUUGUCUGCUCAACGUGGGGAAGAACAAUGCGUCUCUUCAGAGAAGGGGUCAUACAAAUUUGAGAUCUGAGGAGAAUGGCCUUCACCGGAAGUGUCUAGAGCUCAGACUGAUCCAGCGUAGUUUACCCAACAGGAUGGUUUUAAUGGCACAAUGGUAUGAUUGAAAGUUGACUGCUAUAAUCACAAAUAUACGCACUAGGCCUCCAGCAAUGGGUGCAUUGUUUCCGUUAUUUUAGCAGUUCGUUUUUUUUCUAUUGUUAAACGUAAAAUGUAUAUCACCUUGCCUUACUGCCAUGAAAAUGCUUUUCUAUAUGAAAUGUGUCGUGUAGGCUACUUAAUUGUUACAUAUGCACUAUUACUUCUGUAUAUUAAUAAACUGAAAGAACUGCAAAA